AUGGAUGGCAGGCGCAACGACCAGGGCAACCCCGCCCCGAAUAGUGACCUCUACCUGUUGAAGGUGGGAGGAAAGACCUUUCAGUGGGAGCAGGUCGAGAUAGAUCCAGGCUCUCAGCUGCCGCCGGCAAGGACCUUGCACACGGCAGUCUCCAUCAGUCAAGAUGAGGUGUUUGUCUAUGGUGGCAUCCAUUCAGCGACUCCGGACAGGGUCUUGAAUGAUGGUUGGAUCUUGGACACCACCUGCUUUGAAUGGAAGAAUGCGCAGUUCAAGAGCCAGUCGGAAGAAGUGAAGAGCUCGCACUGGAAGCGACUGUCAGGGAAGAUCUUGGACCAUCCCUACGUCGCUGCGCAAGCCGAGGUCAUAGGACAAGGAAAUUUGCGGCGGAAUUCCACGGGGGGGCGACGGAUGAGCGGCAUGGCACAAACGGCCAGAUCUGCCGUGAGCGGUUUGAACUUCGAGACGUUGGCCAUGGCAGCCUCCAAGGCUGUGGCAGGCGCAUCCAUGAGCAUCGGUGGUGAAACGGGGGGUGAGACCGGCAGCUCCAGAAAGUCCUGGAAGAAAUUUCUGGCGAAGCAAAUGACUUCCACUGUCAAGAGCAGUAGCAAAGACAAGUUGGGUCCCAAUCGGGGCCCCGGUCGCUUCCAGCCAAAGGACAAAGCAGGCCUGGUCAACUUUGAAGAAGAGCAGUUUUUAGAAGAUAUCCUGAACAUGGUCACAGCCACCGUGCAAGGGAUGGAAGAUGAAACCACAGCCAAGGGACCAGCGCCCAGAAGCAACCACAGUACCUGCCUCUACGAGAAUACCAUCGUUCUCUUUGGUGGGCAUGGUGGCUUCGGCUACCAACGGAAAGCUUUCAACGACGUCUGGACGUUGAACUUGGAUUCCUUUCGCUGGACAGAGCUGCUUUGCCACGGCAACCCACCUGCGCCCCGCAGCGGGCAUGUGGCCUUUCAAAAGGAUGGCUUCGUCUACAUCUUUGGAGGAUGGAAUGGAGAUUCGCAAUUCAACGAUCUGUUCAUGCUUGACGUUGAGAACAAAGAUUGGUCAGAUGUAGAUCUCAACUGGGGUGUUCCCCGCUGGAACAUGUCUGCCCAAUUGGUCGAGGCCAUCCCCUCUUGGCGGGUCUUCAUCUUUGGUGGUUCCGCGGAUCGUCACGGUGAAGGGAGGAGCAUGGGCAGAUAUGACCGCGAGUUGGGUGUCCUUGAUUUGGGCGAUGAACGCUCCUGGCUGACACUGCCGCAGCCCGAGAAGUCACAGGGCAAGUUCGAGCGGCCGCUAGCGCGGGAACAUACGGCCAUGGUGUAUGAUGCUGAGGAGAGCCGUUUGAUCAUGUACGGUGGAUGGGCCAACAAGUGGUUGGACGACUGCUGGCAGAUCAGCGUCUCCUCCAUCGUAGGACCGCCCUAUGCGGUGGUCAAAGUGGAACCUGCAUUGGGACCCAUCACUGGCAAUCAGAAAGUGCGCAUCUAUGGCGUGGGCUUCCUCUCGGUGCCCGGCGCGGUGAUUCUUCGCUUCACCGGGGUCAAUGGGAAAUCCAUGGAGGUGCAGGGAACCAUCAUGGAUGACGAGGUGGUGGAGUGUUCCACCCCCAAGGCCGAAGGCAUAGGCCCUCGGGCCUGUGAAGUGCGGCUGGCUGUGGGGACGAAAGAUUUCACCACGACUCUGGCCAAGUACCAGUACUUCCUCAACACGGUGCCCGAGACGUCCUUGUGCUAUGGCCCAGGGUUGUUGCAGGAGCAGCAGGCUGAGAUUACCAGCAGGUUCAUGAUCCAAGCAAGGAAUCAAGCGGGUGAGAACCGCAAGUCCGGACGGGAUGAAUGGGUUGUACAGGUGCAAUAUGUCUAUGUCAACGAAAAGGGCAAGGAUUCUCUGCGCGAAUUGCCAUAUGAAAUUGUCGAUUUUGACACGGGGCAGUACGAGGUGCGAUACAUCCCUGAGCCCGGCGAUUUAAUCAUCCGCGUGAGCAUGGUGGAUGAAUUGGGGAAACCUCGGCCAAUUCGAGGAUCCCCCUUCAAAGCUUCCAGUAUUCAAUAUGCCAAGAACAGGGCGAACGAGUACUUGGGUCCAAAUGUUCACUCGUGGCUGACUCAGACACUGAAGUCACUCGAAGACUUCCAGCGCAGCACAGAGACAGGGCAAGGAGCCAAGCUGAAUGAGGAAGAUGUGAAAGGACUCAUCAAGGUGAUGAAUCACAUUCAAGACAUGUACAAAAACGAGGCGGAGCUCAUUCGUUUGCAGGAUUGUAUUUAUGAGACUCUGGCCCACAUCGAGCGCGAAGGUGUUCCAGUGGAAAAGCAGCUCAAGAAUCUGAAGAAGGUGACAAAUGCUCUCUCGCACUUAAAGGGCUUGUGUCAAUCCACCGAAACGGCAAUCCAGCCGAUGGUCCAGGCACAGAGCGAAGUCUACAAGACACGAAUUGCGGACUUCGAACAGGCGCUUCGAGCCUAUCAUGCAGGUCUCAAGCAAGAGGCCUACUAUUUCUACAGAUCUGGAGUGGAGCUGGCCUUCCAGCGGAUCCAAUCGGUGACAACGCACCUGGAUAUGAAGACCCUGGAAUUGGAAGACUUGCUUCUCAUCGCCAAAAAUUUCGACUACCCCGAGGAGGUCAAGGAAUCCUUCAAAAUCAUGAACAUCAUGCGCGAGGACGUGUCCUCAGUGAAAAGUCUCUGGGACCACGAGGUCGAGCGCAUUCGCCUCACCGAAGCCUAUUUGGUGAAGCGCUGGGGUGCGGUCGAUGCACUGCAAAUGGAGGAUGAUGUGAAGGGCAAUUUCAAAAAACUCAAAGAGUACAAGGUGGACAAACGGCUCGAUGUCUACGUGGGAAUGCAAGAGGUUAUCAAGCGAUGGGUGAUCUUCUGCCCGUUGGUCGCCGAGUUGUUGGACCCUUCCAUGCGGCCCCGGCACUGGACCGCCUUGGUGAACCUCUGCAGAAAGUCCGUGGACGUUACGAAGAUCAGAGAACUGUUGCUCCGUGAUAUGUGGACACUCGAGCUGUACAAGCACCCGCAGGAGGUCGAAGAGAUUGGCGAACAAGCGAAGCAGGAGGCCAAAAUGGAAGCGACCAUCGCCAAGUUGCAACGAAUCUGGUCGGGCGUGGAGUUCGUGUAUGAAAGACACAAGGGCAGCGACGUCAUGCUGAUGCACUUGAAAGACGAGGACGUUGAGACCUUGGAGGAGAACCAAGUGCAGGUGCAGAACAUGUUUGCGUCGCGCUUUGUGUCGACCUUUGAGGAGCAAGUUCUCUUUUGGCAGAAGACCUUAGCAUCAAUCAGUGAAACCUCGACGCUCUUGAGCGAAGUUAUUCGUACCUGGGUCUUUCUGGAAAACCUCUUCAUUCACUCAGAGGAGGUGAAGAAGGAGCUCCCUGACGAGACCGAGCGCUUCCUGGAAAUCGACGAAGACGUCAAGGCCCUGCUGCGCCGGGGCUUCGAGGCACGCUUCGCCAAGCACUUCUGCUGUGAGCCUAGUAUCUACCAGAUUUUGGAGAAGACGCAACAGCAACUGCUGAUGUGCGAGAAGGCCUUGAAUGAAUUCAUGGAUGGCAAACGCAAGGCGUUCCCGCGGUUCUACUUCAUGUCAUCGGCUGACCUACUGGACGUGUUGAGCAAUGGCAACAAUCCAGCGCGGGUGGUGCAUCACUUUCCGAAGUUUUUCAAUGCCAUCGAGAAGUAUGACCUGGACUUUCCAGAUGGCCCUGGCACUCGCCCUCACGCCACUGGCUUGCACGCUGCCAUUGGCAAAGAGUAUGUGCCCUUCUUCGAGGCCCUGCCGUUGGUGGGCAAAGUGGAGAUGUACUUGGAACGCUGCAUCGAAGCCUUUCGCAGCACCUUACGGCAGUUUGCCAUGAAAGACCUGCGGGACUAUGCUGAGCGGGGCUGCGAGGCUGAUGGACAAGCGCGUGGCCAAUGGCUGUUGGGGGUGAAAGCAGCACAGGGUGCCCUGCUGAUCCAGCUGAUCAGCUGGGUCCAGCUGGUGGAGGAUGCCUUUCAGGGGUCGGACACGGAUGACGAGGACGGCGACCCUGAAGAUACGAGACCGAAGAAGGUCGAGCGAGCGUGGCGCCAGCAGCAAGAGCUGUUGCUGGAUCUGAUCCGCCUGACCCAGACGGACUUGGAGAAACCCGCUCGGCAGAAGGUGAUGUGCGCCAUCACAUUGGAUGCGCACAACCGUGAUGUGCAGGAACGAUUGGUCACAGACAAGGUCAUAUCAUCAGAUGCCUUCCAAUGGCAAAGUAUGUUGAAGAGCUACUGGGUUCUGGAUGAGAACAAUGAGGCGAACGCGCAAAUGCAGAUUUGUGAUGCUCGCAUGUGGUAUGCCUAUGAGUACUUGGGCAACGGACCUCGCUUGGUGGUGACCCCCUUAACGGAUCGUAUCUACGUCACGGCCACACAAGCGUUGCAUCUCAACAUGGGCUGUGCCCCUGCGGGACCUGCUGGGACUGGGAAGACGGAGAGUACCAAGGAUUUGGCAAAUGCGUUGGCUCGGGCCUGCUAUGUGAUUAAUGCAGCUCCAGAGAUGGACUACUUGACCCUGGGCAACAUCUUCAAAGGUUUGGCGGCCAGCGGUUCCUGGGGCUGUUUCGAUGAGUUCAACCGCCUGGUGCCCGAAGUCCUGUCCGUGUGCACGGUGCAGUUCAAGGCGGUGUGCGAUGGCUUGCGGCAAGGCCUGCCACGUUUCAUCCUGCAGGGGGAUGAGAUACAGCUGGACCGAGGUGUUGGCGUCUUCAUCACCAUGAACCCGGGCUACCUGGGACGGUCUGAGCUGCCGGAGGGCUUGAAGGCCCUCUUCCGACCCAUCACAGUGAUGGUGCCCGAUUUCAUGCUCAUCAUGGAGAAUAUGUUCAUGUCUGAGGGUUUUCUGGAUGCCAAGAAACUGGCUCUGAAGUUUUCCACCCUCUACGCCCUGAACAAGGAUCUCUUGUCCAAGAGCAACAAGUAUGACUGGGGCAUGCGCGCCAUCAAGUCGGUCCUGGUGGUGGCUGGUGGCUUCAAGCGAGCAGAUGCCAGUCUCAGCGAGCAGGCAGUGCUGAUGCGAUCCUUGCGGGACACCAACGUGGCCAAGAUCGAAGGAGACGACCUGAAAAUCUUCAUGGGUCUAUUGGCUGACCUCUUCCCCAGCGUUGAGGUGCCGCGAGCUCGAGAUACCGAAUUCGAAGAGAUCGUCGUUGAAACAAUGGAGACUGAGUUUGGCUUCACCAAUGACCCAGAUGGAUAUCUUCUUCUGAAGGUGUCUCAGCUGAUCGAGUUGUUGGAGAUUCGCCACUCCGUCUUCCUCAUGGGCAAUCCGGGAAGCUUCAAGUCCUUCCUCUGGAAGGUGCUGAAGAGCGCCAAGACCAAGCGAGGCGACAAGACCACCGUGGUGGACUUCAGCCCCAAGGCCAUUACCACCAACGAGUUGUAUGGCAGCGUCAACAUGCACACGCGCGAGUGGAAGGAUGGCAUUUUAUCCAAGACGAUGCGUGACCUGGGGCAGAUCCCUGACACUCAUCCCAAGUGGAUUAUGUUGGACGGCGAUUUGGACGCCAAUUGGAUUGAAUCCAUGAACAGCGUCAUGGACGACAGUCGCUUGCUGACCCUGCCUUCCAAUGAAAGAAUUCCUUUGAAGCUUCACAUGAAGAUGAUCUUUGAGAUUCGUGAUCUCAAUUAUGCGACACCUGCCACUGCCACCCGAGCUGGCAUUGUGUGCAUGUCGGACAAAGAAGGCGUGCAGUGGAAGUGCUAUGUGAAAUCCUGGGUGAAGAAACUCGCAUAUCCCGAGCCCGUGAAAGAACAGCUGUCGAAUUUCUUUGAGAAGUACUGCCCUCCAACGUUGAAUUGGAUACGAAAGUCGACCAAGUUACAAGUGCCAUAUGUCGACAUCUCGCUGGUCAGCUCCUUGUGUAGUUUGUUGGAUGCGCGUCUGACAUCAAACAAUUUGGACUCUUUGGAGACGUGGUUCGCCUUCUGCACCAUCUUCGCCAUGGGCUCCUGCCUGGCAGAGGUGGACGGUAUCGACUAUCGGAAGUUGUUCAGCAACUGGUGGAAGAAUGAGAUGAAAACGGUGAAGUACCCCACCAAAGGCUUGGUCUUCGAUCUCUACGUCCGUGACAUGCGAUUGGAGGAAUGGGCCAACCUGGUGGAACCCAUUCACUACCGCAGCACGACCCCUAUGGGUGAAAUCACCGUACCGACCACCGAGACCGUCUGCUUGGACUAUUUCAUGAGGGCCUUGAUCGAAGUCCAGCAACCGGUGAUGCUGAUUGGCUUGGCAGGUUGUGGUAAGACGCAGUCCUGCACGGGCUUGUUGAAGAAACUCAACCCGGAGGUGUUCAUGGGCUACAAGAUGAACAUGAGCUACUACACCGACUCAGCCAUGCUUCAAACCAUGAUGGAGAUUCCAUUGGAAAAGAAAGCAGGGAGACUCUAUGCUCCCCCCGGAAAGCUGCAGAUGAUCUAUUUCAUUGACGACUUGAAUAUGCCAGCACUGGACAAGUACAACACCCAAUCAGCCAUUGAGCUCAUCAAGCAGAAACAGGACUACAGCCAUUGGUACGACCGCGCCAAGAUUCAAGUCAAGGACAUUGGCAGCACCCAGUACCUGUGUUGUAUGAAUCCCACUGCUGGAUCCUUCACUGUGAAUGAGCGCCUUCAACGCCACUUCUGGACCUGUUCCGUGCAAUUUCCAGAGCAAAGUGCGCUGAACGUCAUCUAUUCGACCUUCAUGAAGGGACACUUCGAGACGUUGCAAUUCAAAGUUCCAGUGCAGGAGAUCGGCAAUUGGGUCAUCAAGGCUGCUCUGAGCUUCCACACCCAGGUGAGCGCCACCUUCCGAAAGACGGCGCAGAACAUGCACUACGAAUUCAACAUCCGUCACAUGAGUGGCGUUUUCUCCGGGCUCCUCAAGGCGAAACCCACCGAAUUCACGGAUGCUGAGAAGCUGGUGCUCUUGUGGAUCCACGAAAGUGAGCGUAUCUACGGUGACCGCUUGGUUUGCCAAGCAGAUCUGAAGAAGUUGCGCCAGCUCACGGAGAAGAUCUCCAAACAAAUGUUUUCGAAGCACAACCUCCAGAAGUACUUCCAAGAAAAGAGUCCCGAACCGAUAAUCUUCGCGCCCUUUUCCAAGGGCCAUCAUAGCAUGGAAGAUGGAGGAGUCUAUGACAAGAUCAAGGACAUGGAGCGUUUGUCGCACAUUCUGCAGGAAGCCAUGAAAGACUACGACAGUACUUACGCUGCCAUGGACCUAGUUCUCUUCGAAGAUGCCAUGAAGCAUGUGGCGCGCAUUUGUCGCAUCAUCUCCAGUCCCUCAGGCCAUCCUUUGCUGGUGGGAGUUGGAGGUAGCGGUCGGCAGAGCUUGAGUCGCUUGAGUGCCUUUGUUUGCCAGAACAUGACCUACAUGAUCGUGAUCACCAGUUCCUAUGGCCUGUCGGACCUGAAAACGGAUCUGCAGUAUAUGUACAAAAGAGCUGGUGAAAAGGAUGAGGGAGUCAUGUUCCUCUUCACCGACAAUCAGAUUGCGAAUGAGAAGUUCUUCGUUUUCUUCAACGAUUUGCUGGCUUCGGGUGAAAUCACGGAUCUGUACCCAAGUGAAGAUAAGGACAGCAUCCGCAACGCCGUGCGAAGUGCCGCCAAGGGCCUUGGCAUUGUGGAUACCCCGGAGAACUUAUGGUCUUUCUACAUCUCCCGGGUGCGAAAGAAUCUGCACAUGUCGCUGUGCUUCUCUCCCGUGGGCGAUGGACUCUGGAGCCGCGCACGACGCUUUCCGGCGCUGGUGAACUGUACCACCAUCGAUUGGUUUCAACCCUGGCCGGAGGAUGCACUGCACAACGUGGCGCAGAAGUUCUUAACGAAGCUGCAAGCCUUGGGGCCUGCGGAUGAUCCACAUCGCCUGGCCAUUGUGGACUUCUUCCCUUACAGCUUUGAAGCGGUGAACCAACUGUCACAUAGCUUCAUCCAUGAAGAGAAGCGCUUCGCAUACACCACACCCAAGAGCUUCUUGGAGCUGAUCAAGCUCUACAGUCUCAUGUUGGAGCGGAGUGUCUUUGCCCUGGAGGACAAGAAGUCGCGCUUGACCAGUGGCCUCAUCAAGUUGCGCAAGACCCAAGAGGAGGUCAUCAUAUUGGAGGAAGAUCUUCAAGAGAAGGCAAUCGUGGUCAAGGAGAAAGCGGAGAAGGCGGACAUUUUCGCCGAGGAGAUCGGGCGGGAGAAGACCCGCGUGAACACCGAGGCCGAGAAAGCGCAGAUUGAAGCGGUGAAGUGCCAACAGAUCGCCCAGCAAGUGGCAGAGAAGAAAGAAGAUUGCAUGAGGGACUUGAGCGAAGCGCUUCCCUUGGUGGAACAGGCCGAGGCAGCCUUAGACGUCCUGGAUAAGAAGGAAUUCAACGAACUCAAGGCCCUGACGCGGCCGCCCACGGACGUGCACACGGUCUGCGAGACGGCGCUACACCUUUUGGCCAACUUGGAUCCCUUCGUGGAGGUGGACAAGAAGGGCCGCGUGAAGGAUCGCAGUUGGAAGAGUGUGCAGAAGAUGAUGACGGAUCCGGGGAAAUUCCUCUUGACGCUCAAGGGCUACAAGGCUUACAUCGACGAUGGAUCUGUGCCUGCGCAAAAUGUGGAAGAAGCGCGAAAGUUGAAAGACUCCCUGGGACAAGAGUUCUUGCCUGAGAACAUGAAGAAGAAGUCCCAAGCGGCUGGAGGUCUCAGCGAAUUCGUCAUCAACAUUAUCAAGUACUACGAUGUGGUGUGCCAGGUGGAGCCGAAGAAGCGUUCCCUGCAAGAUGCCACCGAAACCUUGGAAAAGGCCAACGAGAGGCAUCGUGAGGUGACGGCCAUGGUCAAGGACCUGGAGGAGAAGUUGGCACGUCUGGUGGCGGAGUUCGAUCAGGCGCUGGCAGAGAAGGACGAAGUCAUGGCGGAAGCGGAGCGCUGCCAGCGGAAGCUGGACAUGGCACAGAGGUUGGUUGGGGCACUCAGUGCCAACGGCGUGAUCUGGGAGCAAACUGUGGAGAAGACGGCUGAGGACUUGAUCUACUUGCCUGGAAGUUCACUGGUGGCAUGCUCCUUCGCGGCUUACCUGGGUGUCUUCAGUCGCGAAUACCGGGAUUCAGCCUGCAAGACCUUUGUGGAAUUCUUGCACCAUCGAGAGGUGCCCUUGGGAAGGGAAGACCCGGACCCUCUACAAGUGCUUUCCACCGAAGCCGAGCAGGCGCGCUGGUGUUCCUUCGGCCUGCCGAGCGACCGGGUCUCCCUGGAAAAUGGUGCUGUGAUGACUUGUAGCGAGCGAUGGUGCCUGAUUAUCGACCCCCAGAUGCAGGGCAUUGUGUGGAUCAAGAGCAAGGAGGCGGACCGGAACCUUCAGAUCACGCGCAUGGGCAACCCACGCAUGGUACAGGUCUUUGAACAGGCCAUUGAGGCAGGCGUGCCGGUGCUCUUGGAGAACAUGUUGGAACACAUCGAUGCGGUGCUGCAGCCGGUCAUUGCCCGGAACACCUUGAAGCGAGGAACAAAGCGAGUGCUGAAGCUCGGAGAUAAGGAGAUCGCCUACAAUGACAAGUUCAAGCUCUUUAUGCAGACAAAGUUGUCGAAUCCACACUAUCCACCUGAGAUUCAGGCCGAGUGUACCGUGAUCAACUUCACUGUCACAGAGCAGGGACUGGAGGACCAACUGCUGUUUUUGGUGGUGAAAUUGGAACGCCCGGAUUUGGCGCGCAACAAAUCAGAGCUCAUUCAGCAGCAGAAUGAGUUCAAAGUGCGGCUGGCAGAUCUGGAAUCUUAUCUACUCGAGAAGUUGGCAGGUGCUGAGGGUGACAUCCUGGAGGACACGGCCUUGGUCUUCGGCCUGGAAGAUGCGAAGUUUACCUCGGAUGAAGUGAAGGAGAAGGUGAAGAUUGCGCAAGAAACGGAGGCGAAGAUCAACCUCAUCUCCCAGAAUUAUUGUCCAGUAGCCAGCCGUGGUUCUUUGCUGUUCUUCCUGAUGAUGGAGCUGAGCAAGAUGCAUACCUUCUACAAGUACUCCCUCGAUGCCUUCGUGCAAGUUGUGACCCGGGCAGUCAGCAAGGUGACACUUCGACAGGUGCGGCGAGGCAGCAAAGAGCAAACCAUGGGCGUGACCAGUGCCUUGGCGGCGCUCGAAGAGAAGGAACGUGAGGAAGUCGAGCCACAAGGAAGUGAUGAGCUGGAAAAUACCCUGGACGUUGAUGAGAUGAAGGAAGAAGAGGAUGUGGAGGAGAUCGUAGAGCUGGAUGGCCAAGCGCUGACAGAUCGCGUGAAGCAACUGGAAGGUGUGGUGACCUUCGCGGUGUAUUCCUAUCUCCGCCGGGGGCUGCUGGAUGCGGACAAACUCACGGUGGCCUCCAUGUUGACCUUGAAGAUCCUGGUUCGCGCAGGAGCCAUCCAGAUGGAGGAGUUGAACCUGUUGAUACGUGCGCCAGUGGAUCCCAAUCCACCCCCGAUGCCAGACACCACUCGGAGUUGGCUGAACGAACAUCAGUGGGCACAGCUUCGUGGAUUGGAAGUCCUGCCGGUCUUCAAGACGGGCUCACACUCGUUGUGCAACACCUUGGAGCAGGACUCUUUGGGCUGGAAACGUUGGUUUGCUGAAGAGAAAGCCGAGUCAGCAGAUCUUCCCCGCGAGUGCCGCGAACUGUCUUCGUUCCAUCGCCUCUUCCUGCUCCGUGUGCUUCGGCCGGACCGCAUCGGUGCUGCGCUGACGCAGUUCGUUGUGGAUCACCUCGGGCCGGAGUUCAUCGAGCAGCUGCCCUUCGAUAUGAUGCAGACCUACGAGGAAUCCACCUGUUUGACGCCCAUCUUCUUCGUGCUCUUCCCAGGCACAGAUCCCACACCGACCAUUGAGGCGACGGCACAUCGUCUCGGUUUGGGUUUUGGCAAUGGCAUGUUCAACAACAUUUCCAUGGGACAAGGGCAGGAGAUGGUUGCCAUAAACGCGGUGAACAAGGCGGCGCGCGAUGGCCAUUGGGUGGUGCUUCAAAACAUCCACCUCAUGCAGGACUGGUUGAAAUCACUUGAGCGUGUCCUGGAACUCAUCGAGGAAUUUGUUCAUCCAGAUUUCAGGUGCAUCCUUACCUCGGAGCCGCCCAGUGUCCUGCAAGGGCCCCUGUGGCCCAUGGUGCCCGAAGCCAUCCUUCAAAAGUGCAUCAAGAUAGCUGAUGAAGCGCCCACGGAUCUAAAAUCCAACCUGCGGCGUGCCUAUGCCAAGUUCUCUCAGGAGCACAUAGAAGCGUGUGAAAAGCCCAAAGAGUACAAGGCGACCCUCUUUGCGCUCUGCUUCUUCCACGCCCUGGUUUUGGGCCGGGUGAAGUUUGGCCCACAAGGAUGGUCCAAGAAGUAUCCAUUCAAUGAUGGAGAUCUGACGAUUUGCGCGCAGGUCUUGUGCAACUACCUCAACAACGCUCAUCGGCUGGACUCGGAAGUGCCAUGGCCGGACAUCCGCUACAUCUUCGGUGAGAUUAUGUAUGGGGGCCAUAUCACAGAUCAAUGGGACAGGCGGGUCUGCAACACCUAUCUGCUGACCUUGGUACUGCCUGAGCUGCUGUCCAACAUGAAUCUGGCGCCUGGAUUUAAGUCACCAGAUGCCUCGAAACUGGAGUACACUGCCUAUCAGAAGUUCAUCGAAGAACGCUUCCCACCAGAGAUGCCACAGCUCUUUGGGCUUCAUCCCAAUGCAGAGAUUGGCUUCUUGACCAGUCAAGGGAUCAACAUCUUCAAGACCGUGCAGAUGGUCUCUGGUGCGGAUACUGCUGCGGCCACAUUAGACUUGGUGGCAUGCACACCACAUAUUGCCAAGUACAAGGACGAUCUGCCCCCUGACCUUGACAUGGUGGAGAUUCGCGGGCGACUCAAAGAGGAGGACUACACGCCCUAUGUAAUCACCUCACUACAGGAGAGUGAUCGAAUGAAUCUGCUGGUGGGUCAGAUAAGGAGCCAAUUGACCGAGUUGGAGUUGGGCAUCUCGGGGGCCCUCAACGUCACGGAGCGGAUGGAGAAUCUCUCGACCUGUCUACAGCUGAAUCGAGUCUAUGAUUCCUGGAGGGCGCUGGCGUAUCCUUCCUUGAAGCCCUUGGGGGCCUGGUUUCAGGACCUGUUGAGUCGGAUGCAGCAGCUGGUCGAGUGGACCAUCGAUCGGAAUGGCGUGUUGAAGUCGACCUGGAUCUCCGGGCUCUUCAACCCGAUGGCUUUUCUGACAGCUGUGAUGCAGGUCACAGCGAGGUCCAAGGAGCUGCCUCUGGAUUUCAUGACGAACCGUGCCACCUUUCUGAACAUUAUGGACCCCUCAGAUGUGGUGAGCCAUCCUAACAAUGGUGUCCACAUCCACGGCCUCUUUCUAGAAGGGGCCAGUUGGGAAGAGGGCAAAGGAGACGAUGAGGGCUAUGUCUCGGAUUCCAAGAUGAAGGAACUUCAUCCGGAGAUGCCGGUGGCGAACGUUUACUCCGUUCACAUUGAAGAGAUGAGCUGGGAAAACAUGUAUCGCUGUCCCGUUUUUAUCACCUCCGAACGUGGUGCCACCUUUGUGACACAGGUGAAUGUGAGAAUGGAUCCCGAUGACGAGGAGAUACGAUGGAUACUGGCUGGAGCUGCUUUGGUAAUGACAGAUGACUAAUCAGACAGUGGCAUCAGGUUCAAGGGUGAUCAAGGGUGGCGUGCUUCCAGCUUAG